AUGCCUGCACGCGGUUCUUUUAGAGGUCGAGGCACAGGUCGAGGCCGUGGCCGCGGUCGUGGUGGCCGUGGUCGCGGUCGCGGUGGUCGUUCUUUCGCUACAUCUCGACUGAAUGAGUCUGAAUCAGACGACUCUUCCGGAGAAGAUGAUGUUAGUGAACAAUCGCAAGAGGAGGUACAGGAUAUGGAUCAGGAUGAGGGUUCAUCGAGCAGUGAGGAAGAAGAGGAAAGCACCGAUCGCCCAUACAACGAGCUACUCCAGCUGCUCCACACCGAGAACGACUCUCAAGGACCAGCCCGGAAGAAGCGCAAGACUGCUACUGAUGCCAGCGAGGAGAUUCAAAUGGCAGAGCCGGAAACAGAGCAGGGUGACGACGACCUCCAAGCUCAGGCCCCAUCCGACGACGAAGAAGAGGAAGCUGAUGAGGACGACGACCCUACUGGUGCGUUUGAGAAGCAUUUCAGUCUUGUCGAUAGUGCCGAUUUGAACAAGAGAGUCGAGAACAUCACCUCCAACAAAUGGGUAUCGGCCAGGAAAGAGGUGGAUGGUUUGCGACUGGUCCAGACCACCCCAGACACAGGAGCAGGUGCGGCAUUGCUGCCGGCAAUGAAGAGUACGGUCAACAUGAAGCUCAAAAACAAAUUGAAGCCUCGUGCGGCCGAACUCUUGCCCAAAAUCAACGGUCAAGCCCAGACCCUUGCGCCCUAUAUCUUCGACUACCAGGAUAUCCUCUACGGAGCCCGAACUCCCUCGAACUCAGGUGAGAUGCGCGAUAUUCUCGCCUUGCACGCUGUCAACCACCUGCUCAAGACUCGCGACACCGUCUUGAAGAACAACGCCCGUCUUUCCAAGGAUCCGGAUACCGAUAUUGAGUGUCGUGACCAGGGUUUCACCCGUCCCAAAGUGCUCUACAUUUUGCCAACCCGACAGGCCUGUGUGAAGGUCCUUGACGCCAUCACUCGAUUCUACCAGCCCGAGCAGCAAGAAAACAAGAAGCGCUUCACGGACAGCUUCUCCGGACCCGAGGAUGCCGCCUGGGAGCACAAGACCGAGGAUUUCCGCGAACUUUUCGGUGGAAACGACGACGACAUGUUCCGUUUGGGUCUCAAGUUCACCCGCAAGACUGUCAAGUACUUUGCGCAAUUCUACAGCUCAGACAUUAUUCUCGCCAGUCCUCUCGGACUGCGAACAAUUAUGGACCAAGCCGACGCCAAAAAGCGCGACUACGACUUCCUCUCCUCAAUCGAAGUCGUAAUUGUCGACCAGGCCGACGCCCUCCUCAUGCAAAACUGGGACCACAUGGACUAUAUCUUCCAGCACCUAAACCUGCAACCAAAAGAAGCGCACGGCUGCGACUUCGGCCGCGUCCGCAACUGGUACCUAGACAAUCAAGCCAAACACAUCCGCCAGACAAUCGUCCUGUCAGGCUUCAUCACACCCGAAAUCAACUCGCUCUUCUCAACACAUAUGCAAAACGCAACAGGCCGCAUCAAAGCAACAAAAACCUACGCCGGCGCCAUCACCGAGCUCCCCCUCCCCGUCUCCGUCAAACAAACCUUCACCCGCAUCGACAGCAUCUCCCCGCAGAAAGACCCAGAUGCCCGCUUCAAGCACUUCACAACAACCAUCCUGUCCAGCCUCGUCAAGAACAUCACCCACGGCCGCGGCAAAGGCGGUGCCGGAACCCUCAUCUUCAUCCCGUCGUAUCUGGAUUUUGUGCGUGUGCGCAACCACUUCGCCACCUCAGCCCAGACCACCAAUAUUUCCUUCGGUGCUGUGUCCGAGUACACAGAGUCCAAGGAGGCGAACCGCGCUCGCAGUCAUUUCUUGUCGGGUAGACACUCGGUGCUGCUGUACACCGAGCGUGCGCACCACUUCCGGCGGUACCAGAUUCGCGGCGUGAAGAGGGUUGUUAUGUACGGAUUACCGGAUAAUGCGCUCUUCUAUAGCGAGAUUGUUGGGUUCUUGGGUCUAGAUCCGGCUGAGUUGGUUGAGGCUGCUGAGGGGGGUGUGCGUGCCCUGUUUUCCAAGUGGGAUGCGCUCAAGGUUGAGAGGGUUGUUGGUACUUUGCGUGUUGGGAAUAUGUUGCGUGAGAAGGGCGGUGAUACUUUUACUUUUGUGUAA